AUGUCCGGACUGACCGGCGACUGGCGGGCAGUCCAUGAAGCUGGUCCCUCAGUCCCUGUGCCCUGGGGCUCCUUCGCCAUGUGUCCGGAGGCACACAACAGACUGCGUUUUAAGGGUUCCCCUAUAUCCCUAGCUCAGGAGUGCUCUCCCGGAGGCCACCAGAUCCUGCAGAACCCUCGGAGGAACGUGGCUUUUGAUGUCUCGGGAGCGCAGCCGCCCACAGAGCUGAUUUGUGACCGCUCCCUCCGCCCAGGGUGGUACCGCUUCCAGCUCUCGGGCAGCCCUGCAGAGAUGCCCACCGCCUGUGUGAAGGCGGGCCGCUGCGGCACCCAGGUCCCUCUCUGGCUGUCCCUGCGAGGAGGGGAGGCCCCGCCGCUGCCCGGGGAGACCACGCCGCUGACCGCCUGUGCCUCCUGGGACUUCCUGGGGGCCGCCCAGGACUGCUGCCUGUUCCGUGUUCCCGUGACCGUGAGGAACUGCGGCCCCUUCCUAAUCUACUUCCUGCAGCCCACCCAGGGCUGCAUGGGCUACUGCGCAGAAGGUGAGGGCCCCCAGGCCUGCGGUCAGGGCCGGGAAACGGCCGCAGAUGGCCAAGGGGAGCGGAUGUUUCUCCUACUAGGUCCUCCUGCUGUCCCAUCACUGCCCUCCCCUCCAGGAGCCCUAAAGGUUGAGCUCAAGUGGAUUGCAACCAAGAUCUUUCUCCAGUGCACCUUUGAGGGGUCCCCCACAAACGGCUCCCUGGGAUUUGUCAUUACCUGGUCCAGACUUUCAUCAGAAGGAUUCAGAGAGGAGCUGAAGAAGGAGAUCACAGUCGAAGAGUCUUCUCUCUUAGAACUUGAUGGCAUAAACCUUAGACUUGGAGACAGGAUUUUCUGUGGCGUGUCUGCCUUUUUCCGGGAGAACCCCGACAUACAAAGUGCAGUCAUCCAGAGUAAAGAGUUCUUUGCCGGCAUUAAGCUCCAGCCAGAGGUGAGCACUGUCUCGGAGGACGGGCAGGAGCACCAGCUGAGGUUAGAGAGCACAGUUCCCAUUCUUUGUCCUGAACCUGGCCAAGGAUGCAAAAUCUCCCUGACGUUGAAAACCAUUGACCAGGGUAAUGGACAACAAGGUUUCAAUUUGGCUCUUUCUCGUUGUCAAGUGGAACUUCCUGAGACGACAUCCUGUGAGAACGGAACUUGUAGCCGGGCGGUCAUUUAUUUCACAGCCAUAAUAGACUUUUCACGAGAUGGGGACAGAAUUUCUGAGAUUGCGGUGGAACCCAUCGUCAGUGAGAACUUCCUGUGGAGCAGCUACAUCCCCGAAAGCAUACAGAUCAGAGUAAAGGAUCUUCCCACAGCCAGUUGCUAUUCGUUUACUGAUCCUCACAUAAUUACACUGGAUGGAAGACAUUACGAGCACUUCAAGACUGGAACUUUUGUGCUCUACAAGAGCGUGUCCCGAGACUUUGAGGUCCACGUUCGCCAGUGGGAUUGUGGAAGCCUUCACUACCCAGUGGCUUGUAACUGUGGCUUUGUGGCCAAAGAAGGCGGUGAUGUGGUUGCGCUGGACAUGUGCAGCGGCCAGCUCCAUGAGUCACAGCCCUAUCUAUCUGUGAAGAGCAGAGACCCCGCCAGCAAUGUCAAGAUUAAGGAGUCUUACUUAGGAAGAAAAGUCACGGUCUUCUUUUCUUCCGGAGCCUUUGUUCGCGCCGAUCUCAGUGAAUGGGGCAUGAGCCUGACGGUCCAGUCUCCCGGCUCGGACUACGGGAGUACCCGGGGGCUCUGUGGCACCUUUGAUGGAGACCCGGAGAAUGACUUCCAUGACCAACGGGGCUCCCCCCUCAAGGAGCGCCCCGAUCCCUACCUUGCUUUUAUCAGUGAGUGGAGGCUCUCCCCGGGAAGGAGUAUGUUCGAUGAACUCCCGCGUCCUCUGAAAUCUCCUGGAAAAAUCUCCUACUGCAGCUGUGCGGGAGCCGAGGCCGGCUCGCCGUGGGUCAGUGCUCCGGGCAGUCCCUCCCCGUCGGGGGCCGCUUCGGGCUGCAGGGACGCCGAGCGCGUCAGACGUCCUUCCUUGAUACCAGAACUGGACGUUGCGAUGGACGCCGACGGGCCGAGCAGAAGCUUCAGGAGGCGUUCGUUGAAAGAAGAAAAACAUCCAGGUCCCUUUUUUCCAAGCCAAGAAAAAUAUGCUCAUCUCACAAGAGGGGAGUCGGAAGGGGCCAUUGGCCAGAGGAACGGCAGAGGGAAGCCGGCCCCUUUGGAAGCGGGGGACCCCCCUCCCCGAGAAAGGCCGUCGGCCCGCAGCAGGCAGAAGAGAGAGCAUCUGCGGGGACAUCUCCCUGCCUUUUCUGUCCCCGAUCUCGGCCCCGCCGACCUGGAAGGCCUAAGCUACUUUUUCCCCGAGGACCACGCUGCGGACGCCCAGCCAGAGCCUGCGCCCUCGUGGCCCACGCCGUCGGGGCUGACGGAGGCGCGGGUGGGCGAGGUCUGCCGGCAGAGGCUGGCCAACUCCAGCAUCGGGAGGGCCUGCGCGGGCUUUCUGGGCGAGAGGCUGGACAGCGCGCUGGCCAUGUGCGUGAAGGACGUGCUCCUGAAAGACAACCUGGGCUGGGCGGACGCGGGGCUGGCGCUCCUGGAGAACGAGUGUGAGAGGAGGGUCCUGCAGGAGGGAGCGCACAGCCCUGAAGGCGACGGCCGGGCCCCUGAGGACGUGCUCCUGGCGCUGAGGUGUCCCGGUUUGUGCAGCGGCCGCGGACAGUGCAUGGAGUGGGGCUGUGCUUGCUCCCAAGGCUUUAGUUCUUUCGACUGCAGCGUCUGGUCUGACCAGGCCCCGGAAAUCACCGAGCUGGAGAACGCUGGCUUGUGUGACAUCCAGCUCAGCGGCUGCACCGCGGUGAGAGUUUUUGGCCACGGAUUCAGGGAGUCCCGAACCCCUAAAUGUGAAGUGACCCCGCAGCAGUAUAACGGUAGCCAAGGGAUCCCUGGAGCACCCGUAUACACAGAUGUCGUCUUUCAAAACAGCACAACCGUCACUUGUCGGCUGCCUGCCCAUGUCCAGAAGUUACCCACAAUGGACCAGUGGGGAGAUGGGCCAAUUGUAAAAUGGCAAGUCAAGGUUUCUAACGACGGCCUUCGCUUCAGUAACCCCCAGAUCCUGACGCUGUAUGACGGGGCUUGCCAGACGUGUGACCCCCGGGGGCGCUGCACGUUAAAGGAAAAGCUCUGCCUCGUGGACGGCCGCUGCUACCGGGAUGGGGCGCCCAGCCCGACGGGCCCGUGCCGGCUCUGCAGGAGUGACCUCUCCAGAUGGACGUGGUCGGUGUCCCCAGGUACGCGCUCCCCACUGCGGGCCUGGCAGCCCAAGCCCAGAGGCCGGGGAGUGGGGACCGGCGACAAGGCCCCGACGUUUAGGGGGCGGCUUCCUGCCUCCGCCGCAUCCUGUCCCCUUUUACCUGAUGAAAGCAGGACCAGAGGCCCCAGCCCGCGGCUCGUGGCCGGCCGGGGAUUUUCCAAGCUGAUUUUCCGGGUCGCUAAGCCAGUGCAGGCUAAUGGCCGGGCGGGCUCCCUGCGGGGCAAAGCGCCCCUUCCCACCCCCGACCUGGAAGCCAGGGAGCGGGGGUGGGACAGGGCCCGGGCUCCCGCUGCAGCUGGGAGGGCCCGACGCCCUUGGGUGAGGGUGGAUAACCGGCCCCCCGUGUUCCACGAAGCCCCGCAAAGACUCUGGACGUUUUAUGGCGCCAACUUCACGCAGCAGCUGCGGGCCACGGACCCCGAAGGCUCCCCCGUCUCGUACACGCUGCGCGCGGGGCCCCGGGCCGCCGGCGUCUCUCCCGGGGGCGUCCUGCUGUGGAAAGCCCUGUCCUGGGGCGCGCACACGUUCACGGUCGGCGCCGCCGAUGACUGCCGCGCCGAGGCCACGGUGACCGUCGAGGUGUCCGUGAAGCCCUGCGACUGCCUGAACGGCGGCCGGUGUGUGCCCCGAGGCGGCGGCCCCCGAGGGCGCGGGCCCGGGUUUGAAGGCCCCGCUUGUGAGGCGGCCGGGUGCGAGCCCCGCCCCUGCGGGCCGGGCCCAUGCGGAGAAGCCCCCGGCCAGCACGCCUGUGAAUGCCCGGCGGGGUGGACCCUUCGGGAGAGCCUCCGGAAAGCCAGCCCCGCCCAGGCGAAGGAGACAAAGAUAAAGACCCUUGGCUGGCUGUCUCGUCUCCUUCAUUUCUCCACCGAGACCAAGAGCCAUUCUGGGGGCCUCCCCAUGCCUCUGGACCAGGCUGGAGUUUCCCCAGUCAUUCAGCAGGCCCUAACUCAUGCCCUGUGCCAGCCUCUGGGCCAGGCUGGAGAUUCAAGGGCAGAAGAAGAGGGUCCUUGUGACCCGGCUGUCCAUAAAUGUAACACAGGCUCAAAUUGCCAGGAAGACGUGGACGAAUGCAGGUCCGGCCCCUGCCUCCCCGGAGGACGCUGCGUCAAUGUUUUGGGUUCCUAUCGCUGCGACCCGUGCCCUGGAGCCGUCCACGGCGCCGGGCAAGCAUGCCAGAGUAAGGAGCUGCCUCCGGAUGCCGCUCUGCCCCACGGAUGGCUGGGGGAAACCGUGCUUGGGAGCGAGCUGAUUUCCCUCCCCGCAGGCCCCCAGGACUCUGAGGAGAAGGAGGCCGAAGGGACAGAAGCUGGCAGAGGUGCUGCUGGGUGGGUCACUGCAGAGGGAGGAAGGGGGGGCAGCGAGGCUCAGUUGAAGCCUGUCAAGCACUUUGAGUUUGCUGGUGUCCCCUUGGACCUGUCGUGUGGGGCGGGAGAAAAGACCGAGGAAGACGCCCGGUGCCGGCUGCUUGAUGAACGAUCAUCGGUGGGAGGCCGGCCCGGGUCUUCUCCUGGCCCCUGGCCGGCUCGCUCCAGUCAGGCCUCGGAGGCAGCUAAGGCAGGACGCCAGGCAGGGGCCGCCCGGGUGACCGAGCAGGAGGCUUAUUGCUGCUGGUGGAGAACCCCUGAGCGCCAGCACCAGAGCCCCCUCCAGGAGCCUGCCCCAGCUCUCCAGGACAGACCUGCCCACCGAGACAAACCCCCUGUGCCCAGGAGAGUGAAGGGGACGGAGAGACGUGGGCCCCCCCCCAGCCAUGGUUCUCCAGGUGAAGGGGACGGAGAGACGUGGGCCCCCCCCAGCCACGGCCCCGGGCGUGGCUUUAAAGCAGACCCGGUUAGGAAGAAAGCUCGCAUAGAAACUGUGUCCAGCGGGCGCCGUUCAACUUCUAAACUCCCAAACGCAGACUUGUUCCCUGAACCCCGCUUUCUGCAGCGGCUGCUCCGGGGAAAGACGAGUGUUCCCCAAGGCGCCACGAGAGGGCGGCUUCCCCCGAGAAAUCUCGGGCUCCGCCGCGGCUCCGUCCCCCUGUUCCGCGGAGAUCUAAGGCGGAAAGCGCGGCCCGCGGGCCGGGAAACUGAGGCUCGGAGGCUUCGGUCCUUGUCCGGGGCCGGGCCGGGAGGGGAAGGCGGGCUGGGGCCCCGGCCAUUUCGGGCCUCCUUCCGCGCCUCCCUCCAUCCGCCGCGGCUCCGGGGUUGGACGAGGCUCCGCGCACGGAAGGCGCCGGGGCCCGGGGGCUCUGGGGCUGCCCGGGCCCGGGGGGCUGUGGGCAAGCUCCCGGCCUCGUCUGCGGGGCGGCGGCUGCGGCUCCUCCCGCCCACGGGCCCCAGGAGGCGCUCCCGGCCCUCCCCGGGCCCGCGCACGCCGGGUCCCGCAUCGCUUGGGGACGGCGGAGCAUUCGCGCCCCCUGCGCGGCCCCGGGCGCUCGGCCUCCCCCGCCUCCCGCACGGGCCGCCGCCCCCCGAAGAAGACCCCGCGGCCACCAGCCGCGCCCCCGGGACGUCCCGGCCCCCGCCCCCCGUGGCUGUGGAGGCGGCCCCGCCGGCCGGGACCCCAGCUGCGGGCGGCAGCAGCCCGGGCCCGAGGCGGGGGCCGGCCGAGGAUGGCGGCCCAGGCCCUGCCCCAGGGGCCUCCGGGACCCAGCGCAGCCUCCGGCACGAGUCGGGAGCCGGUCCCAGCGCAGUCCCCGCGUCCCCGGCAUCGCCCGAGAGGCGCCAGCAGCGGCCCGCCUGCGCCCACUCCCCCUGCUUGCCCGGGGUGCCCUGUGCGCCCGCCCCGGACGGAGGCUCCCGCUGUGGCCGCUGCCCCUCCGGUUACUACGGAGAUGGGGCCCGGUGCGAAGCCAUCUGCAGGCACCCCUGUGGCAGGGGCAUGGAGUGCGUGCGGCCCAACGUCUGCAGGUGCAAGGCCGGCUUCUCUGGCCCCAGCUGCCACACAGCUCUGUGUUGCCCCGGCUGUAAGAACCAUGGCAAGUGCAUCAAGCCUGGGGUCUGGGGCCUUGGGGGAAUCACCUGUGAAGAAGGUCACUGUGGCCCACCCUGCCGGCACGGGGGGUCGUGCUUGGCUCAUAAUUUCUGCUCCUGUCCCUACGGCUUCGUGGGACCAAGGUGUGAAACAGCGGUCUGCACCAAGCACUGCGAACAUGGCGGGCAGUGCCUCGCUCCCGAUGUCUGCCAGUGUCAGCGGGGAUGGUUCGGCCCCACCUGUGCCACAGCUUUGUGUGAGCCGGUCUGCCUCAAUGGCGGAGUCUGCCACAAGCCAAACAGCUGCCUCUGCCCCACUGGAUUCUUUGGUUCCAGGUGUCAGAACGCGAUCUGCAGCCCUCCCUGUAAAAACGGCGGCCAGUGCGUGAGAAACAACGUGUGCUCCUGCCCCGAGGGCUUCACCGGGCAGAGAUGCCAGAAAAGCAUCUGUGACCCCGCCUGCGUGAACGGCGGCAGGUGCGUGCGGCCCAAUGUCUGCUCCUGCCCGUCUGGCUGGCGAGGGAGGAGAUGCGGCUCAGGUAAGAGCCUCACGGAGACGCCCGGGCCAGUGUCCCCGCCAUCUAGUCUAGCGGCUGGGCACCAAAUCCUUCCGCUUCUUCCGAGGGGGAGCGAAGCCGCCUGCGGCCUUCACUUCCCGGCCCCGUUGCCAGCGAGCCUCGCUUCCUCUCCCAGCAGUAAGCCAGCUUCCAGGGCGGUGGUAAAAUGGGGGCCGGCCCUGGGCUGCCCUUCCCCGCUGUCCCCCGGCGGCUCGGAGGAGAUCGCCCGCCUGCCGUACGCGGCCUGGCGCAGCCGGCACUUUCUGUGUCUGGGCUCCCCAAGCUCGGCCCAGAGGCUGCCGCUAAAUGCGGAGCUCCUUCGGAACAUCCCCUCCCCUUUCUCCCACGGGCCGGGAACCUUCGUACCUGAGGUUGGGCUCGGGCCGGGCCGCCUGCCAGGGCUCAGAAUGCCGAGGCCCAGGCGAGGGCUGGGGUCCCCUGGGGCCGAGUCCGAUGUCGGACAGGUUGGGGGAGGAGCCUGGGUUCAGACCCAGCACUUGCCUCAGUUUCCCAUCUGCCCUCAGAUGUGGCUUCCAGACCUAGAGCUAGGAACCUUGACUCCCAAAGGGGGUGAGGAGGGAUUCUCUAUUGGGGCCCCCGGGCUGGGGCGGCCCGAUGUUUCUGCUCGGUGUCCGAGGUCCCCGGUGGGAAGAGCAGGAAGCCUCGCUGGGCGCCCCCCUCCCACAGGGAUGACGCAAGAGCCCUGUUUUGCAGCCCUUUGUGAUCCCGCGUGUCUGCACGGGGGCCGAUGCGUCCUCCCCAACGCCUGCGCCUGCCAGCCCGGCUACGCCGGGGCCCUUUGCGAGAAGAGAGGCCCGGCUACGCGCCUGUGAGGCAGCCCGGGAGGUGGCCCGGGAGCGGAGGCUCCGCCUUAAGGCUACCUCGCCGACCCCCAGGAUUUACCGCCCCCAGGAGCUCUCAUUUGGAAAUGGAGGAAACCCAAGCCCAGGGUCCCAAAGCAGCACGGGGCAGAACUGGGGGCCUCCCCCAUGCACUGCCCACUGCACCAUCUUUGGGCCCGGCUGGGACGCCUGCCUCCUCCUGCCCUGGCUGGUGGGGGCCAGGCUCCCCCUGAACAAUCAGGGGCCCGAAAGUGCGCUUGUUGCCCCUGCGCCCCUCGGGGGACGUCCCACCUGGUCAGACAAGGGCGGAAAUGGCCGCCCACGUGGUCUACAUGGUCGGAGCGAUCUUGUCCGACCUUCAAAGCGGAGGCUCCAGAAUUGGGGCAGCCCCGUGGCCCGUGGGCAUCCGCCAGCUACCGGGGCAGCUGGGUGAGGCGCCAGGUCCGGAGUCACCAGGGCGAGACAUUUGGCCGUCUCAGCCUCAGUUUCCUCGUCUGUAAAAUGAGCUGGAGGGGGAAAUGGCGAAGGCCUCCCGCAUCUCUGCCAAGAAAGCCCCCAGCGGGUCAGAGUUGGGCAGGACUGAAAUGACUGAAGAACAAGUCAUGAUCUUGCCGGGGGAACAGCGGGCGCCCCAAGCCACGCCCUGCUCCCCAGCCUGGAUUUCCAGGACCUCCCGCUGCCCGUUACCCCCCACUGGCCCCCCAGAGACACCCGGGCUUCCUCCCUUCUUGGAGAACAGGAGCAGGGGUGGAGCCUGUUGGGGGAGAGGGAGGGGGGGAGGGGGAAGAUUCACAGCUAAAACCCCUUUAUCCGGGAGCCCGCCCCUACCCCGGACACCAAGGAGGAAAUCGGUAUUUUUUACAUCAAGCAUUUUUCGGGCAAAAACCUCCUUGAAGGGCUCCUGCAGACCUUUACCCAGACACCCCACUCAGGCGCCCCAGGCCUUUCCUGGCCUCCAGUGGUGUUCCAGUGGGACAACUCCAGGAGUUUCCCAGACAGUGUCCAGACAAAGCUCUCCCCAUGCCCCAUUAAAGUGCCCCCACGCCUCUCCGGGAAUCGCCCGCUGGCAUCUUGCCCCAAAGCAGCUCCCAGGUUCGGCAUCUGGAAAGCAAGGAGGGAAGUGACCCAAGCAGAGGCAGGGAGUCCCAGGGAGGCGCUAAAGGGGAGGGAAAGUCCCUAAACUUGAGCCUCGGGACCUCCCCCUGACACAUUCUACUCAGGCCUCGGUUUUCCCAUUAGGCCAAUCCGGUGGUUAGACUGGACGCCCUGUAGGUUCUCAAUGGCUUCUCGUUCCCUUGGAUUGGGAUUUAAACCCAGCUCUUCUGAGCCUCCAGUACCACUGGACAGGGUUUCCAAGAAGGGUUUUGAUGAAUGUACAAGAAUUCUAAAUGGUUCUAAAUUCCUGAAGAUUCCAAUUGAAGAAUAAACAUACAAUAAAGCGCCGAUCCUCAUUCUGGAGAAAACAAGAGCCUUGAUAAGCGCCCCCAAAGCAACCGCAAAAACCCCUCUAAGAAUAAACAUUUCCUGUGAAUUAAGGUCACGGCUCCUUCUCCGACUUGCAUCCCGGUCUUUGCAGCUUUGAUUUCGGAAGCUUGCUGUUGCCAAGCCUGCGAUCUAGCCAGCUCCCUGGCAGGCUCUGUGUGCAGCUGGCACUUCUUGCAGUUAAAAUGGUCAGAACUGCUGAAAGCCGGGGAUGUAUUUUGGGAGACUCGAGCAACUGGGGCAAACUUUCCAUAACCUUUUUGAAGAUCCACAGCGACCUCCCGAGGGGGGCUGGAAAGGUGGCACUUGAGUGGAACCACAGUCCAAGUCAGAAGGUAGUUUGUGUCACAGAUUCUAUGGAACUAAGGGGGAAAAAUAAAAUAAAAACCCUUAGAAAAACCCGGGGGUGCGCGGGGGAUUGGGGACAACUGCAAGGAGUAUAAUUAGAGGACUGGUUGACUCAGUGAUGUCGUUGCUCAGCUUCAUCGAACAUGAAUUACCUUGUUAAAAAGAAAUUUGUGAACUGUUUAAAGUGGUGAUGGCUCACAGCAAACACUCUGAGAAUGCAAAGCAUCAGAGUGAGCGUUUUUAUGUCAACAGGAUGUUAGUGACAAUCAACAGAGAAAUAAAGGGAUGAGGCACGUGGGAUCUUUGGAGAAAGAGUCCCCAUGAUUCUCCGCCAUUCAAGAAGUGGAAUAGGCUGCUGCUUCCCUGGAGGGGGAGGGUUCCAGUUCCCUGGAGUUAGUUGUUCUCUCUGCUUUCAGGCAUUCUGGGGCUCUGGGCUGGUUCUUAAAAGAAUUAAGGUCACAUGGUUGAAAAUUGCUAAUUCACCAUUGGGCGGAUUCUCCAUAUCUUUCUGAAGCCAGAAUAAUACUCUCCCAGUGGCCGGAGGGAUCUGUUUCUACCCCCUUGAAACUCAGAAUGUUGAGUAUAAGUUGUAUACGAGCCAGAGGACUCUUGGGGGGCUGGACAUCAUCAGGGAAGCUCUGUCUCCAACACCCAGAACCGAGUUCCCAAAUUUAGGCCCGAUGGAGAAAGCUCCCUGCUGGCCCACAGCAGCAUGUCAUGGGAACCCAAGCUGACUCUGGACAUAAAAGGGCUCCUCGCCCCUUGGAUGGGAGCUGGGAUGACUUCAGAGCUUUUCCUCUGAGACUGUAAAUCGGGUGCUUUCGCAGUGAGCACAGUUUAUCUGAUGUUUUCAUCUGUUUUAAUGCUGUUCAUGGUAACAUCAUCAAUCUCCCAAGAGUGUCAUGUCAUUUUAAAAACCAUGGAUUUCCAAAAUCAAGCUUUGAGGUUUAAUCCAAUUUUGUAUUCUGAAUUUCCUCCCUUUUAACCAGUGUGCUGGAGUUGGGGAGGCCCAAGUUCAAAUGUGGCUUCGCUGACUAGCUGUGUGCCUCUCGGGUGAUCAAGUCUCUUAUUCUAUGCCUCAGUUUUUUCAUUUGUAAAAUGGGGAUGAUAGCAGCACCUCCUUGUGACAUGUCAUUCCGUGUCAUUCCUCUGGCGCUGUGGCUCUGGGUUGCAGGGGGCCUUGGAGGCUUCCUACCAUUUUACAGAUGAGUCACAGGCACCAGAGUCACGAUUCACAUCUAGGACCUGUGAGUCCAAAUUUAAAUCUCUCAUCAGCCUACAGAGCAAUUCUGAGUCAAGAAAGGUCAGAAGCAUCUGCAAGAUCUAAUCUUAACUGAAAAGAAAUGAGAGAGACUGGGCUUUCUGGGAGACAGCUCUGAGAUUCACCCCAGUGUUUCCCCCUAAGCCGAGGCUGGUCUGCUAUCAUGCCUCCAGUUACCGUGGUUAUAAUAGUAUUUUAUUCCCCCCCCCCAGAUAUA